CUUAGUUUCGACUUCCUCUUAUUUCAUCAUCUCUGUUUGUUUCGUUUUCUUGAUUUCCCAGAUUUGAAAAAUGGAAAUGAACCAAAAGAAUCAUCAGGAGGUAUUGGGAGCACCAGGGAUUAAAGGAGGAAAAGGGGUCACGACUGCAGCAACAAAUGGAGUUACUGAUUUCAUUAACUCAAUUAUUUCAACCACAAAACAAGAAGUAAAACAUCCUUUCUAUGUUUUGGACUCGGUACAGAUUGUUAAUCUUAUGGAGAAAUGGAACCAUAGUCUUCCGACUAUCAAACCCUUUUAUGCUGUGAAAUGUAAUCCUGAACCAUCUUUACUUUGUACCCUUGCUUCGUUAGGAGCAAACUUCGACUGCGCUAGCAAAAUCGAAAUCAAAACUGUUCUUGAUUUAGGUGUUUCACCUGAUCGUAUUAUUUUCGCGAACCCGUGUAAGAGUGAGUCUGAUAUUAUUUACGCGGCUACAGUUGGUGUCAAUCUUGCUACAUUUGAUUCUACUGAUGAAGUUGAAAAGUUGGGAGAAUUUCACCCAAAAUGUGGGUUGCUGAUGCGUAUUAAGCCACCUGAAGAUGCAGGUGCUCUGUGGCCGUUAGGUGAUAAAUACGGUGCCUUGCCAGAAGAGUUUCUUUCACUGCUAGAAUCUGCUAAUGCUGCGAAUUUUAUUGUUCACGGGGUUGCUUUUCAUGUUGGUAGUGGUGCGAGACAUGCAAGAGCAUAUCGCGCUGCAAUUUCUGAAGCUAAAACGGUUUUUAGUACUGCAGCAAAUCUUGGUAUGGCUAAGAUGCAUAUACUUGAUAUCGGUGGUGGGUUUACUGCUGGUUCACAGUUUGAGGAUGCUGCGAUUACUAUUAAAGAUGCUCUCAGAACUUACUUUCCUGAUGACCAAGACUUGAUGUUGAUUUCAGAACCAGGACGGUUCUUUUCCGAGACAGCAUUCACGUUAGUCACCAACAUCAUAGGUAAACGUGUUCGAGGAGAGUUGAGGGAGUAUUAUAUCAGUGACGGCAUAUAUGGUUCUAUGAAUAUUUUGUUAUACGAUCAUCAUACCCCUCUCACGGCGAAACCAUUAGCUUAUACAUCAAACCCCGAUAAUCCUAAUUGCGCAGGAGUGAAGACAUAUGCCUCUACUGUGUUUGGGCCAACUUGUGAUGCACUAGAUACAGUUCUUAGAAAUUAUCAAUUGCCAGAUCUAAAGGUGAAUGAUUGGCUUGUUUGGCCAGAUAUGGGGGCCUAUACUGCAUCGACUGGUACCAAUUUUAAUGGUUUCAAUACCACGUCAAUACCUACAUACCUUGCCCAUUCCAUUCUCAAAUAGGCCUCCUUUAUUUAUUUUUUGAAGUGUCAGUUCGGAUGAAGUGUUUAAUGGUAUCAACAAACUUUCCAGUACCUAGCUACUUUCCAUUCAUCGACUGCAGACCUCACCUAUAUAUUCAGCCAUUCUACUCCAUUCAUAAUUAUGGCCAAGAUUUGAAGACUAUUCGGAAGUUACAACACCAUGUGUUUGGACCAAUUACAUAGAUUUUUCAAAUUAUUCAUCAAGUUGUAAAAAUAUCUAUGCAUUAUCUAUUUAUGGAUGUGAAGUCUUUGUCUCGUAAUUGAAUUUUCAGAACCACUUGUUAUUUA